AUGGUGAAUCGGAAAGCGAAGAGAAGACAACUGUCGCUGUGAUAAUGGCGCCGAGGUUUGCCCGGGAAACGAAAAAGCGCGCGAGAUUCCCUAAUUGGCUCUUCAAAUACCCAUUUCUUACGCCUUCGAACAUCGCGCCCAAUUUCCCCAUCUCACAAUCCGAUUCCUAAACGAUGCACAAGCGAAGAACUCUAGCUCCGAAACCCACUACCAGUCAGGAUUUUGCUUCAGAUGACGACGAAUACGACGACGUUUCAUGUCAGAAGUGCGCCUCCGGCGACUCUCCGGCUGAGCUUCUUCUCUGCGACAAAUGUGAUAGAGGGUAUCAUCUCUUUUGUCUUUCCCCCAUCCUCGCUUCAGUCCCCAAGGGAUCCUGGUUUUGCCCGACUUGCUCCAACCACAAGAAGCUCAAAUCUUUCCCUCUUGUUCAAACUAAAAUUGUUGAUUUUUUCCGCAUCCAAAGACCUGCAGACUCCCAAACGGACUUGAUGUUAGAGAAUCGAAAGAAACGAAGACGGGCUGGUAGCUUAGUACUUUCUAGAAAGAGAAGGAAGCUCUUGCCAUUUAAUCCGAUUGCAGAUCCUGCAAGACGCCUGGAACAAAUGGCAUCACUGGCAACAGCAUUGACGGCUACUGGUACAGAUUACAGCAACGAGCUUACAUAUAUGCGUGGCAUGGCACCAAGGUCAGCAAACUGCGCAUCUUUGGAGCACGGUGGAAUGCAGGUUCUUCCUAAAGAGGACGUUGAAACCUUAAACUUGUGCAGAAGUAUGAUGGGGAGAGGGGAAUGGCCUCCCCUUAUGGUUGUUUUUGAUCCUCGAGAAGGGUUUACUGUGGAGGCAGAUAGGUUUAUAAAGGACUUGACCAUAAUUACUGAAUAUACUGGGGAUGUUGAUUACCUGAGGAACCGUGAACAUGAUGAAGGGGAUAGUAUGAUGACAUUACUGUCUGCCACUAGCCCAUCUAAAAGCCUCGUCAUCUGUCCCGACAAACGUGGUAACAUUGCCCGUUUCAUAAAUGGAAUCAACAACCAUACAUCGGAUGGUAGAAAAAAGCAAAACCUUAAAUGCGUGAGGUUCAAUGUAAAUGGUGAAUGUAGAGUUCUACUUAUUGCUAACAGAGAUAUAUCUAAGGGAGAGAGAUUGUAUUAUGACUACAAUGGAUACGAACAUGAAUACCCCACCAAGCAUUUUGUGUAACCUUUUAAUCUGUAAAAUCCACACAAUGUCUAUAGAUUUUAGACACAAGCUGAUCAAUGAAUGUCUGAUUAAUAGUUUGGCUAGUUUUCUAA